AGUUGACGAUCAAUUACUCAACAAUCAACAACCAAUAAACUUCUCCAAAAUAAAUGGCUUUCAAAUUCAUUACCUUCUGCGCUCUUUUGGCUGCUGCUAAUGCUGGUUAUAUAUCACCUGUAACUUAUGCUGCAGCUCCCGUUGUAAAAUAUGUCAAUCCUGCUGUAGAUGCUGUAGCUACUACUCAACAAAAUGUAGUGCGUUCUUUUGGUGGUACCGUUUCUUCUUACUCCAAAUCGGUGGAUACUCCCUAUUCUAGUGUUCGUAAAGUUGAUACGCGCAUCAAUAAUAAUGUCUACACUCCAGCUGUCGCCAAGACAGUUACCUAUGCUGCUCCUAGUGUAACUUAUGCCGCUCCUGCUGUUACCAAAACUGUUGUAACUCCCACUGUUUAUAGUCAUGUUGCUGCGCCCACAGUUUACACUCAUGCUGCUCCUGCUGUUACUAAAACCGUCUACUCUCACGAAUCUCCUUUGGUAUACGCUAAACCAGCUUUGACUAAAACUGUUACCUAUGCUGCUCCUACUGCUACUACCACAUACAAUCAUGGACCAGCUGCUACCACUUACACUCACAAUGCUCCUGGAGUUUCUGGUUAUGGUACUAGUCAAACUGUACAUUACUCUCCUGCUGAAACUGUUUCUCACAUGAGUUUCGAUGGUUUCGGUACUCACUGGGGUUUCUAAAUAGUAUAUUUAGGUGUUAAUAUUUGUUAAUACUUUGUUGAUUGUUGAAAUGUUUGUUAUUAAAAAAUAAAUACAUUUA